AGACCCACUUUUUGGCCCGAGCGCGUCGCCGCGUGCGGCCAUGCCCAGCAAUGGCAUGUUCCAGCUCAUGUCGGGCAUCGUGGGUGCCACUGCAGAUGCCACUGGCCGCAUGGAGAAGUUCACCGACUUGGUGAGAAGCCUCGUGGACCAGCAUGACGUGCAGCAGCUUAAGGAUUUGGUGGACUGCAUGCUGGCGGAGGAGUCCAGCUUCGCGCUCUUUGCGCGGCCGGUGCUGCAGCAGAUCGCGGAGCAGAUGGAGAAGCUGAAGAAUGAAGACCUGAAGGAGUUGGCCCUCCACACCUUGGAGAGACUCCGUGGGCGUGUGGUCUCUUUUGAGGAGGAGGACUUUGUGAUCCGUGAUCUCCUGUCGGAGGUGUUCCAGGCGGAGGGCGACUGGGCUGAGGCAGCCAAGGUCCUGGCCGCCAUCAACCUCGAGACAGGGACUCGGUGUCGCACCCCGCUUCAGAAGGCGGAGAAGUAUGUCAAGAUCGCAGAGCUCUACCUAGAGGACAGGGACCCUGUAGCGGCUGACACCUUCUGCUCCCGAGCAGCGAUGGUGAUGCAUGAGGUCAAUGAUACACCUCUGCAGCUCCGCUACAGAGUAUGCCACGCUAGAGUUCUGGACAGCAAGAGGAAGUUCCUGGAUGCUGCCUCCAAGUACUGCGACCUAUCGCAGCAAACCUUUGGGGGACAGAUAUGCGAGGCCGAUCUCUUGCAGCUCCUGAAGUGUGCAGUGACCUGCGCCAUAUUGGCACCUGCGGGCCCGCAGAGAUCCAGGAUACUGGCAUCUCUUUGCAAGGAUGAGAGGAUCCGGGCAGUGGAGCACUUUGAGAUCCUCCAGAAAAUGUUCAUGGAGCGGCUGAUCCGAGGCUCCGAGGUGCAGAAGUUCGAGGACGGUUUGUUGCCACAUCAGAAGGCAACUGGCCCUGAUGGCUCCACCGUUCUGGAGAGGGCAGUGCUCCAGCACAAUGUCCUGGCUGCAUCUCGGGUCUACAAGAACAUGCGCCUCCCGCAGCUGGGGGACCUCCUCGAGGUGCCUCCUGAGCGAGCGGAGAAGAUUGCCGCCAAGAUGAUUGCGGAGAAUAGAUUAGCUGGCUUCAUUGACCAGAAGAGCGGCGUCAUCCACUUCGAAGGUGGUGACGAGAAUUUGCAGGCGUGGGACAGGCAUAUCAGGAAUGUGUGUACUCAUGUGAAUUCCGUGCUCUCCAAGAUCAAAGACCAGUCAGCCAUGAAGGACGGGUGAGCCUGGCGCCCGGCCCCGAGGCGUUUAGCUGCGGCGAGGGCUCCAGGUCUUUGGCAAAAGCACCAGGCCAUCGGGCGCAAGCAGCCAGCAAAAACUUG